GCGACGCCCGCUUCAAAUAACCGUUUGAAGAAGAAGACGUUUUAAAGUUGUUCUUUUGCAGCAAAGGUUGAAACAGUCAGUACCGGUUUGGAGAAAACUAUGUGAAAACUAAAUACUUUUAUUCCCAUUGACGAUCAGGGAUGAACAGGAAACGGGGUCUGAUUUCAGACGUUUUCAAAGUGAAGAAAAGGAGAAAUGGACCAGAGAAAUUCGGAGCAGUUCAUGAUAGAGAUGGACCAGCUGACAUUAAAUCCACCCUGGAGUACCUCAUGACUCUCUUCCCUAGAAAGCUCUUCAACGAUGACUUGCCUCAGAUUGUGCUGAAGCAUCAGCUGUACUGCACACAUGACAAGACUUUGGUAGACAAGGAAGUGAAUAAACUGCGUGAGCACGGAGAGCUGCUCAUGUUCCAGCUCGGGUUUGAUUCAGAAGCUUUCGGGUUGGUUUUUACUUCAAACUACAAGGCCAAAGUUCUGGCAGGAGAGGAGGGGAAAGCAACACGAGCAACAGUGGAAAAGUUCUUGGAGAAAGUAGUGUCUUCCUGCACAGACCUGAGCUUCAGCAAAGACCAGAUGCUGAGCAAGUUUCUCUUCACAGACACAGAAAUAACGCAGCUGGUGAAGUCGGGCGUCCUGACUGUGAGGGAUGCAGGCAGCUGGUGGCUUUCCAUUCCCAACUCUGGCAAAUUCACUAAAUACUUUAUACAAGGCCGUAAAGCAGUGCUUGGCAUGGUGAAGAAGGCCAAAUAUGGUGAAGUCUUAAAGGAAGACAUAGAGCAGCGGCAGACAACUUCACAAGUGAAAUUCCACAUGAAGUACCAUAUUCAUGACAUAAUUGGGGCAGAGCUGGUUGAAAGCAUACCUACUACUUCAGGGACACUGUUGAGAUUUGUGGAUUCCUGAGUUGCUAUGAGGCUCACAUACACUAGUGAGAAGAUGAGAAGUACAUAAAAUGAACAAAAGCUGUGGAAAAUAAUUGAGAUUGAGUUCAUUAAUUUAUUUCAGAUGUAGAGUCUGUGCCAAAUGUAUCAUCAACCCGUAGUGGGUUGAUUAGUUGUCAAUUUUGUUGACAUGACCUUUGUCAGGUUGUUGUAAUAAAAAAAUACUUAAACGUCUUUCUUUGAGUAAAAUGUGAGAUUUUACUCGUAUGUGCCCAAAAUUGAUGGCAAGUAGGAGUCAGAGGCUCAAGAUAAGGAGGAUCAGAUACUUUUGUCAAAUAUGUUUCUGACAGUAAAUGAGCUGCAUGUCUUUUAUCAUGCUUCCACUUGACUGCUUCUGUUUGGGUACUGAGUCAUAGCAGAGGGCUCUUGAAUGACGAGGGGAAAGAUAUGAGGUGGA